AUUGGAGCUCUGAUUCUCUCACAAUUAAUAUUAAUUCUAAGUUAUAAAGCGUAGGCUAAUUUGGAAGUUACAGAUUUACUACUGAGUUUGAGUGGUGAAGCUGCUGAGAUUUGCGUAUCGGGAAGACGAUGAGGAGGUUGACUCUCCCUUCCGCUCUGCUUCUCUUACUUCUUCUCUCCCUCCUACCAGAUCAAGGUCGUAAGAUACAUGCCAAUGCAGAAGAGAGCGAAUCCGAAGAGCUUGUAGACCCUCCCAAGGUUGAAGACAAGCUUGGUGCCGUUCCUAAUGGAUUAUCAACCGAUUCGGAUGUUGCUAAGAGGGAGGCAGAGUCUAUCUCAAAGAGAUCUCUCCGCAGUAAUGCAGAGAAGUUCGAGUUUCAAGCUGAGGUUUCUCGGCUCAUGGAUAUAAUUAUUAACUCUCUUUAUAGCAAUAAAGACAUUUUCUUGAGGGAGCUAAUCUCCAAUGCUUCUGAUGCAUUGGAUAAGAUCAGGUUCCUUUCCCUCACAGACAAGGAAAUUUUGGGUGAAGGUGAUAACACGAAGCUUGAGAUCCAGAUUAAAUUAGACAAGGAAAAGAAAGUGCUUUCUAUUCGUGACAGAGGUAUAGGAAUGACAAAAGAGGAUCUGAUCAAGAACUUGGGAACCAUAGCAAAGUCUGGAACUUCAGCUUUUGUUGAGAAAAUGCAAACAAGUGGUGAUCUCAAUCUCAUUGGGCAAUUUGGAGUUGGGUUUUACUCUGUAUAUCUUGUUGCAGACUAUGUUGAAGUCAUUAGUAAACACAAUGAUGACAAACAGUAUAUUUGGGAGUCGAAGGCUGAUGGGGCAUUUGCAAUCUCUGAAGAUGUAGAUAACGAGCCACUAGGACGUGGAACUGAGAUCAGAUUGCAUCUUAGGGAGGAAGCCCAGGAGUAUUUGGAGGAAGACAAAUUAAAAGAAUUGGUGAAGAAAUACUCUCAAUUUAUUAACUUCCCUAUAAACAUGUGGGCAAGCAAAGAAGUUGAUGUGGAGGUUCCUACAGAUGAAGAUGACUCUAAUGAAGAAGAGGAAACAACAGCUGAAAGUAGCUCUUCAGAGGAAGAGUCAGAAGAGGAAGAUUCUGAGAAAAAGCCAAAGACUACGACAGUGAAGGAAACAACAUAUGAGUGGGAGCUUUUGAAUGAUGUGAAGGCUAUUUGGCUACGGAAUCCAAAGGAGGUUACAGAUGAGGAAUACACAAAAUUCUACCGCUCUCUUGCGAAGGACUUUGGUGAUGAGAAACCUUUGUCAUGGAGUCACUUUACCGCUGAAGGUGACGUGGAGUUCAAGGCUAUUCUGUUUGUUCCUCCAAAGGCUCCUCAUGAUCUGUAUGAAAGCUACUAUAACUCCAACAAAGCCAACCUGAAGUUGUUUGUUAGACGUGUCUUCAUCUCGGAUGAAUUUGAUGAACUUCUUCCCAAGUACCUGAACUUUUUGAAGGGUCUUGUUGAUUCCGACACCUUACCACUCAAUGUAUCACGAGAAAUGCUUCAACAGCACAACAGUCUGAAGACUAUCAAGAAGAAACUUAUUCGCAAAGCUCUUGAUAUGAUCCGUAGGAUUGCUGAUGAGGAUCCUGAUGAGGCUAUUGGUAAUGACAAUAAAGAUGCUGAAAAUGCUGAUGACAAUGAUGAGAAGAAAGGUCAGUACACUAAGUUCUGGAAUGAGUUUGGAAAGUCAAUAAAGCUCGGUAUCAUUGAGGAUGCCACCAAUAGAAAUCGCCUGGCAAAGCUACUCAGAUUUGAAAGCACGAAGUCAGGUGGCAAGCUGACAUCUCUAGAUCAGUACAUCUCAAGAAUGAAGUCUGGACAGAAGGAUAUCUUUUAUAUAACAGGAACCAGUAAGGAACAAUUGGAGAAAUCCCCCUUCCUUGAGAGGCUCACAAAGAAAAAUUUUGAGGUUAUUUUCUUCACUGAUCCAGUAGAUGAAUACCUAAUGCAAUACCUGAUGGACUAUGAAGACAAGAAAUUCCAGAAUGUGUCCAAGGAAGGGCUGAAGCUUGGGAAGGAAUCAAAAGAUAAGGAGCUCAAGGAAUCGUUCAAAGAGCUGACAAAAUGGUGGAAGGGAGCUCUUGCCAGUGAAAAUGUUGAUGAUGUGAAGAUAAGCAAUCGUCUGGAGAACAGCCCAUGUGUGGUGGUGACAUCCAAGUAUGGAUGGAGUGCAAACAUGGAAAAAAUUAUGCAAUCCCAGACUCUAUCUGACGCCAACAAGCAGGCUUAUAUGCGCGGAAAGAGGGUUCUUGAGAUUAACCCAAGGCACCCAAUCAUCAAGGAGCUUCGGGAAAGGGUUGUCAAGGAUUCUGAGGAUGAGAAUGUAAAGCAGACAGCACGGCUUAUAUACCAAACAGCCCUUAUGGAGAGUGGCUUCAUCCUUAAUGACCCUAAGGAAUUUGCUUCCAGUAUCUACAGCUCAGUCAAGUCAAGCCUGAAUAUCAGUCCAGAUGCUGCAGUGGAAGAGGAGGAUGAUGUAGAAGAGGCUGAGGUUGAAUCUGACAUUAAGGAAGCUACUUCCAUGGGUGAUGAGGCCGGAACAACUGAGGAUAAUGCAGAAACAGAAUCUUCGAUCAAGGAUGAGUUGUAAAUUAGUCAAGGGAUGGUGCCCUUCUCAUUCAGAUUUUCUGACAGCCUAGAUUCCCUAAGAGACAACCCUUGCAAAGUUUGUGGAGAAAGAAUUUAGAUGGUUUUGAAAUUAAUGCAAGCAUGUCACUAGAAUUGUUGUCAUGUAGUAAAGAUACUUCAGAGAAUAUCGGUAGAGUCAAUCCUCUAAAAUCAGAGUUUUGCUU